AGAAAUGGGGGAGGAGGGGGGAACACGGCCACGGCUGAAGCUCUUUAAAGCUGCCGCAUCUUUCCCGUGAUUGGAAGAUCGGGAGCCUUGGAAAAGCUACGGCGGCUUUCAAGAGUGGCAUGCAGGCACUGCUUUCCUCCCCUUUAUCCGCUGAAUUUUCUUGGGUUCCCUCUGGGCUCGCGGUUGAAAGAGUUUUCCGUGCUCGGCAGGAUACUUCGGGGUGGAGCAGCGCCAGCUCCCCCAACAGCACCAGGGGGGCCAUUGACAGUGAUGGAGGGGAGCCCCACUUGGGCCCGAUCUCCCUGCCAGGGAAGGCCCGGAAGAGCUUCAGCCAACUCAAACAUGGGAAAGCCUAUUCCUCGCUCUACCAGUGGACGAAGCCCAAUGGCUUCCUGGCGGACAGGAAGAAGCUGGAGAAGAUUCGGAAGAAGAGGCGGCUGGUGAGGAAGGAAGCGCCAGCCCCAGCGCCAGCCCCGGAGAUAAAGUACCCAGAGGAAGAAGAGUUGCUGGAGAGGGAAGAAGAGCCGUACGCCGAGACGCCUCUGAGCCCCUCCUCCGAAGGGGACGCUCAGUCCUCCACGGGGCGCUGCUCUGCCUGGGACUCAGACACCCCCUCCAAUCCUCCGUACCCAGCGGCGGCUCCCGAGGAGCAGGGCCUCGUCCAAACGGUGGGCAAGCGUACCAUUAUACGGCAAGGCAAGCAGGUGGUCUUCCGGGACGAGGACGGCAGCGGAGAUGACGAGGACAUCAUGGUGGAUUCAGAUGACGACUCCUGGGACCUUGUCACCUGCUUCUGCAUGAAACCCUUUGCCGGGCGCCCGAUGAUCGAGUGCAAGGAGUGCCACACCUGGAUCCACCUCUCCUGUGCCAAAAUCCGGAAAUCCAACGUUCCCGAGGUCUACGUCUGCCAGAAAUGCCGAGAUUCCAAAUUCGAUAUCCGGCGCUCCAGUCGUUCCCGGACGGGCUCCCGUCGGCGCUUCCUGGACUAGCGCGCUGGAGAGCGUGCGAUGCACAACAGGCCGGGCGUACAAAAUUUGAGAACGGGGGCAGUGGAACAUGGGUCGUGGCGCAGAACUUGUGGGAACUGAGGGGCUCUGAUAUUCUUGAUUCCCCGCUGGACGACGAACGGAUUCAGGGCCACUAAAGUGGGGAAGGGUGAAUCAGAGAAGGGGCUGAGGGGUUUCUCCCCACUUCUUCUUUUCCUUGUCUUGGAAGCACAAAGGGAAUUAACCGGCUGUUGGGAGCUGACCCAUCCCACGUUCAGGGAGGGACUGAGACGCAAACAGGCCAGCGAUAAAAGACCUCUAAGGGAUAUGAAAAAAGCGUAAUCUAGCCUUGCUUGGAGCACAAAUCUGGAGAUCAGCUGCCUUGGGCCAUUCCCAGAAUUUAUUCCCCCCGCCCCGAGAGGUCAUUCCAAAGAGUUGGGAGGCGCUUGGUUCUGGAAGUGCUUCCCACGAGCUGAGCUUGGAAGACGGGAACAGUGCAAAAAAUAAAAACCACCUUACUUUGACAGCAGGUGCACUGGGAACGGGGGAGCCCUCCCCUCUGGGAGGUUCUCUCCAUCCGCCGGAAAAGGGAAACGAGCUAAGAAAUUCAGAUUCUGACUUCAGAGCUGUGAAAGGGGAUCGACACUUCCUUUCGAGGGGAGCAACGUUUCUCCCGGUGCUUCAGGAACCGCAGCCGGACAGCGGGAUGAGGCCAGGAGGCUGUGGAGAGGCGGGCCGCGGUCCAGCCACGAUUCGGGGCUUCC